AAUCACAGAAUGAACAUCUGGAAUCUGGCAAUCAGAAUCAUUUUCUUAUCACAAACAAUCCUGGGAAUUCUGGGAAAUCUCUCUCUUAUGUUCUACUAUUUAGUCCUUUAUUACAGAGAAUGCACUUUAAAGCCCACAGAUUUGAUUCUCAUGCACCAAAUGACAGCCAAUGCCUUGGUCAUUCUCUCUGUAGGAGUGCCUCAAACAAUGGCAGUUUGGGGAAUGAAGCACUUCUUGAAAGGUUUUGGAUGCGAGCUCCUACUGUAUAUUCAAGGAUUUGCUCGAAGUGUGUCCAUUGGCACCAUCUGCCUCUUGAGUGUCUUCCAGGCCAUCACCAUCAGUCCCAGGAAAUCCUGUUGGAAUUAUCAUAAAGUCAAAGCUGCAAAGUACAUUGACUCCUCCAUUUCCCUACUCUGGGUCUUCUACAUGUUGAUACGUUUCAUUUUCUUUAUGUACAUAUUUAUCAAAAUGAAUAUCAAAAACAUGACAAGAAAUCGAGAUUUUGAAUAUUGCUCUACUGUAGGGUGGGAUGAAAUCAUUAAUUCACUCUAUGCAGCAUCGGUGAUAUGCCCUGAGUUCUUUUUUACUGUGCUCAUCAUCUCGUCCAGCACCUCCAUGAUUGUCAUUUUGUACAGACACAAGCAGAGAGUUCAAUACAUCCGCAGUUCUCACAGUUCCAGUAGAAACUCUCCUGAGUCCAGAGCCACCCAAAACAUCCUGGUCCUGGUGUCUAUUUUUCUGGCAUUUUAUACUCUCUCCACCAUCUUGCGAGGCUACAUUGCUCUUUUGUAUAAGCAAAAUCGGUGGCUGAUGAACAUCUCUCACCUCACUUCUCUUUGUUUUCCCUGUUUUGUACCCUUUGUUCUUAUGAGACAUCACUCAAUAUUUUCCAUAUCCAGUGUGGCAUGGUUAAAAAAAAUAUUCUCUUAA